AUGUCAGACGAGACGAAAGAGGUAUCCUCCGGAGGGGUCAGUGAGCAAGCUGGCUCCGUGGUUGACGACGGUAUCAACGAGAAGGCACUUCUUCGAAAACUCGAUGCACGACUGCUACCCGCCGUCGGUAUCCUAUAUCUUCUUUCAUUUUUGGAUAGAAGCAAUGUCGGCAAUGCUCGCAUUGAAGGCCUGAUCACUGACAUCAACAUCACUGGAAACCAGUAUCUCACCGGCUUAACCGUUUAUUUUAUUGGUUAUGUGCUAUUUGAGAUCCCGUGCAACAUCGUGCUCAAGCGGACCAGCCCGAGACUAUGGCUUCCGACACUUACCAUUGCAUGGGGCAUUGUUGCCACUCUUCUCGGUGUUAUAAAUAACCUUGCUGGAUUCCUCGUCGCUCGAUUCUUCCUCGGCGCGACUGAAAGCGGCCUCUUCCCCGGUGUGGUCUUCUACUUCUCCAUGUGGUAUAAGCGCACGGAGCGAGUAUACCGAAUCUCCCUCUUCUUCAGCGCAGCUUCUCUGGCUGGCGCCUUUGGCGGGAUUCUUGCUUAUGGUAUAGGCAAAAUGCGCGGUGUGGUAUGGGAAAACGGAUGGCGCUGGAUCUUUAUCUUGGAAGGUCUAGCCACCAUCGUUGUGGCCAUUGGUGCAUACUGGUUCGUCCAAAACUACCCCAAGGACGCCAAGUUCUUAACCGAUGCCGAACGGCAGCUCAUCCACGACCGACUUGCUGCUGAUAGCGAUGCUACACACAAUGAAGAAUUCAGCUGGGCUGGAGUUACCCAGGCCCUUCGAGACCCAAGCUGCUGGCUCUACGGCCUCGGUUUCCACACCAUGAGCUUACCCCUCUACACUCUGUCUUUGUUUUUGCCCACCAUUAUCAAAGACCUGGGAUAUACAGCUGCUGUUGCCCAGUUACUGACUAUCCCUCCCUAUGCACUGGCUUUUGCUACUACACUCGGAGUCGCUGUGUGGUCUGAAAAGGUAAAUCGUCGUGCGCCGUUCAUUGCAGCCUCUGCGAGUUUCGCAGCAAUCGGCUACAUAAUCCUCCUUGCCAACCGUGAGCCUACUGCUAGACCGGGAGUCUCGUAUCUGGGCACAAUGUUUGCUGCCGCGGGUAUUUAUCCAGCUACAGCUCUUGUUUUGUCAUGGCCCGCUAUGAAUGUCUCGGGACAGACAAAGCGUGCGACGGCGAAUGCAAUGCAAAUCAGUAUUGGAAACUUAGGAGCGGUUCUUGGCACACAGCUUUACCGGUCAAACGAUGGUCCUAGAUACAUUGUUGGCCACAGCAUGGCUCUCGGCUAUCUUGUCGCAAAUGUAAUUGUGGUGCUUGUCUUGGCUCGAAGACUAAAGAAGCAGAACGAGGAGCGAGAUGCCGUAGUAGCAAAGCUUGAUCAUAUUGGACAGGUGGAGAAUUGGGACGGAGACGCAGACAAGCGCUGGAGGUUCCAGUACUAA